UCUUUCGUCUCCCAACACACCUUUUCCCCUUCCAUCUUCUCCUCUAUAACUUCCCUUCCUCCGUUAUUAUUCUCCUCAAACCCUCAACCUUCUCUCUUUAUUCUAACCCUUCCUCUUCCCUCAAAAUGGUUCGUGUCAAAGGAGAAAGUUCUAGUUGUAGACGCUCCAGCCGUCGUUUGUAAAGCCUAACAGGGCCUGAUGACCAUGUGAAUCUCUCUGACUACUACGAUGAUGAGACCAUCAGAACCUUUGCUGAAAAGAAAAGAAGUUCUCCUCCUCCAUCCAAAGAAAAUACUUCAAAGAAAAUCAAGAAUGGGGAGGAUGACGAUUUUGGACCCGAGGACAUGUAAACUAUUCUGGGGAUCUGCUGAAAAAGUAAAUUUUAAUCUCUUCAAAAAGCCGCGUAUUGCUACUCUCAUCAAUCUUGAUCAACUCAAAGAAUGUCAUCGCAAUGUAAGUGUUAUUUUCAAAACCCAAAAAUUUCUCCUUGUGUUUGCCUUCUCUAAACCAGAAGUUUUUGAGGAACCCGUAAGAAUGUUCUAUGCCAAUCUUAGGGUCUCUAAGGAUAGUGGAGAAUUGGAAACCCUGGUUAUGGGAACUAGGAUUGUUGUCAACGAUUUCCUAUUUGACAAGGUCUUUGGAGUCAAGUUUUUUGGAAAAAUUGAGUUUAUGAGGACUGUUUGGCUUGAAUAUUUUGAAGUUACUCUUGAAAAGGCUAGGGCCUUUAUAUCUGAACCUGAUUCUUACUUCUCUGAUCUUAGACCCUCUAAUUUAUGCUUUACUAACCGUGUUCUUUCUCAUAUUGAUGCAACUAUCCUGCUUCCUCGAGUUGGCUCUUUUAGUACCAUCACUGCAAGGGAUGUGUAUGUUGUUUAUUGUCUACUCAAGAAACACAAAGUCAACUGGGCCACUUAUUUCAAGGAGUAUAUGCUUGAGAGUGCCUUAGACACCUCUCCCUCCGCUAGCCUUCCUUAUGGAGCCAAAAAGCAAAAUGAAAGCUGUGAAGGACUAACUCAGCCAUACAAAUCAAGAUCACAGAAAAGGAAAAUAUAUUCCAAGACAUCAAUAAGAGAAGAAGUAUACGUGGGUCAAGAUCUAAUCUAGCCAAUAAAGAACACAUAUAUGGAAAGAAGUAAAAUCAGUAGGACAAUAGUAUACAAGAUCUGAAGGUUAACAAAGGAAGAUUUAUCUCAGUCAUAAAGGAAAGAAGACCAGCAAGAUUUCACGGAAAAUUACAUCAUUGUCACAAAGGAAAGAAGACCAGCAAAGCAGAUUCAUAUCUCGGACAAAAAGGAAAGAAAACCAGCAAGAUUUCAAGGAACAUCACAUAAUUGCUACAAAGGAAAGAAGACCAACAGAGCAGAUUCAUAUCAUGGACACAUAGGAAAGAAGACCAGUAAAGAAGAUUCGAAGAUCAAUCAGGAAAUCACUCAAAUCCCUGAUUGAGGAUAAAUUCCCUUGGGUUACCUUAGAGCGAGGCAAAUCAAAUUCAAUCCUAAGAAAUAUUGAUUCAUUGCCAAAAUCUUCAGACGUGAAGCCAGCUAUAAAGAGAAACAUCACAAGCCAAUGAUGAUUACAAUUUCACUUGAGCAAAAACAUCUAUUCAUUCUUCAUCUUGUAAAAAGCACUAUAGCUUGUAAAAGUCUGUGAGUGUUAGAAAAAGAAAAGAGAGAAUAGAUAGCUAUACAGGUAGAGGCUGUCACUAGAGGACAAUUAGAAAACUGUCCAAAACAGGAACUACGGUUCAAAACGAACCACUGCUAUAAUCAUGUUACCACCAAGGCUAUAAGGAAACCCUUAUAACCCAAGGGGACUGGAUUAGGCGCCACACCGGUGAUUCGAACCUGUAUAAAAUCUCUGUGUCUCAUUA